UCAAGAUAGCUGUUAUCAUCUCAAACAAGAUAGUGGCUAGCUAUUGAACUACUGCAUGGUGCUGAGAAUGAGUGUCCUUGUAUUGUGUAUGAGCUGCCUGUGUCUAUGGCUGGGGAAGCUCAGUGUACUGGUGUCUGCAGACUAUAUGGUGCAAGUGGAGAUGCUCUCCUACAGUAAUCCAUCCAACACACGCUCUGAUGGCCGAUGCUGUGAUUCAAUAAAUCGUGAAGAAUGUAGCGGAGGGGACCACUGUGACACCUACUUCAUCUACUGUCUGUUGCCACGUGUCAGUUCUGCUGAAGUGUGUCCCAAUACUGCUCCUGGAUUUACUCUAGUCAGUAACGUUAUCAGGAAUGGGGCAGACAUUGACUUCUCACAACUUAAUGUAUUUGGACUCUCUAAUCCAUUCAAUCUAACUGGAAUAUCGACAACCUGGGAGGGAGCUCAGUUUUAUAUACAAGUGUUUGACUUUGAUGGCAGUUCACCAGAUGAUCUUAUUGUAAGGUAUCGAUUUGAUCUCAGUCUCUCAGUGGAAUUGACAAGGCUAUUUUCUAGUACCGAGCCUGCUAUCACUCUGAGUGCUACUGUGUUAUGUGCUUCAUUUUACAUUGGAAGCAGUUGUGACAUCUUCAAUCACUGUGAUUCCAAUGCUGUCACAUGCAGUGAACGAGGAACGUGUACAAACGGCCUUGAUUCUUACACCUGUGUCUGCAAUGCUGGCUAUACUGGUGCUGAUUGUGAGGUGGAUAUUGAUGAUUGUGAGGGGCAGAGAUGCAGUGGAAAUGGUUUGUGUAUGGAUGAGGUCAACUCUUACACCUGUGUCUGCAAUGCUGGCUAUACUGGUGCUGAUUGUGAGGAUGAUAUUGAUGAGUGCUUUCUAAUGGAGAGGGUAUGCAGUGGCCAUGGUAACUGCUCUCAUGGAAUAGCCUCCUUCACCUGCUCAUGUGAUCCUGGCUACACUGGUGCUGAUUGUGAGACUGACAUUGAUGAUUGUGAUGCAAUAAACUGUAGUGGAAAUGGUGGUUGUGUUGACAUGGUGAACAUGUUCCUAUGUGACUGUGAACCUGGCUACACUGGUGCUGAUUGUGAGACCAACAUUGAUGAUUGUGUGAAUAGGAACUGCAGUGGAAAUGGUGUGUGUGUGGAUGGUGUCAACUCGUUUAGUUGUGAAUGUGUGUCUGGCUUCACUGGAGAGAUGUGCAGUGUGGAGACACAAGUUGAUGGAGGUGCAGUUAGAGGAGGGGGAACAGCCAACAAUGACAUACCAUGUCAGAACAACGUGGUGUAUGGUGUGUGUGAGAUGAACACUCAAACCAACACCCUCGCUACUGGCCUACCUCUACAUGAGCUAGAAUAUGACUACUCACUGUGUAAUGUGUUGGAGCCCCUCCCACCAGUGUAUGAGAGUGUGGAUGAAAAGGAUGAUAAACUCAUGAUAAAUGUAAAUGUUAGCUAUGCAACCGUUGCCGAGCGUGAGGAUGAACUGGGACAGACAAAAUCCAUUCAAUCUAACUGGAAUAUCGACAACCUGGGAGGUACUGUGAUCACUGUCUUUAUUGCAUUUCAAUUUACUGCCCUAAUUUUGUUAUUGCAGGGAGCUCAGUUUUAUAUACAAGUGUUUGACUUUGAUGGCAGUUCACCAGAUGAUCUUAUUGUAAGGUAUCGAUUUGAUCUCAGUCUCUCAGUGGAAUUGACAAGGCUAUUUUCUAGUACCGAGCCUGCUAUCACUCUGAGUGCUACUGUGUUAUGUGCUUCAUUUUACAUUGGAAGCAGUUGUGACAUCUUCAAUCACUGUGAUUCCAAUGCUGUCACAUGCAGUGAACGAGGAACGUGUACAAACGGCCUUGAUUCUUACACCUGUGUCUGCAAUGCUGGCUAUACUGGUGCUGAUUGUGAGGUGGAUAUUGAUGAUUGUGAGGGGCAGAGAUGCAGUGGAAAUGGUUUGUGUAUGGAUGAGGUCAACUCUUACACCUGUGUCUGCAAUGCUGGCUAUACUGGUGCUGAUUGUGAGGAUGAUAUUGAUGAGUGCUUUCUAAUGGAGAGGGUAUGCAGUGGCCAUGGUAACUGCUCUCAUGGAAUAGCCUCCUUCACCUGCUCAUGUGAUCCUGGCUACACUGGUGCUGAUUGUGAGACUGACAUUGAUGAUUGUGAUGCAAUAAACUGUAGUGGAAAUGGUGGUUGUGUUGACAUGGUGAACAUGUUCCUAUGUGACUGUGAACCUGGCUACACUGGUGCUGAUUGUGAGACCAACAUUGAUGAUUGUGUGAAUAGGAACUGCAGUGGAAAUGGUGUGUGUGUGGAUGGUGUCAACUCGUUUAGUUGUGAAUGUGUGUCUGGCUUCACUGGAGAGAUGUGCAGUGUGGAGACACAAGGUAAACACUAACUUCUCUGCCACAUUAAACAGCUUAUUUAGAUUCAUUGAGAAUAUAUGCUGUACAAUUCUUUGCUUUCUGUACAGCAAAGAUGAGAUCAGAUAA